AUGCCAAAUGACAAAAUGGCAGGGGGUCUAGGAGCUUCCCGGAAAGCAAAAGCUAAUGCCAAAUCAGAAAGACCCACACGGACCUCGUUUCCGUUCGUCAUAGCAACAGAUCUGGGCAAAACGAGGGCCCAGGAUAUGAAGAUGAUACGUAGCCACGUCGUCCGGGGGAAAGGCAGACCGAAGCGAGGGUCUGCUGUUGCCAAGCCUUCUAUUGGAACCUGGAUCAAGGCUCAGGCUGAGCAAAGCGUAUUGCUUCCAUCCCAAGCAGCUACAUCCGACUCUAUAUCGAAGAAUGAUCUUUCACCACCAGACUCAUCACCUCAAAGCUCGUUUAGAAGUGGGUCGGAGGAUGAAUUUGCUAUAAGGAACAGCAGAGGGCUAUUCUCAAGCUCAUGUCCUGAGGAAGCGCCGUGGAUAAUGCGCUCACUCAGCUUCACACCUGGAAUGGACCCGAAAAUGCUGGAUAAGAUCUUUCAUUGCUUUUCUACUCUGAACUCCGGGAUGUAUCCACCAAAGUUCUGCCUCGUAUACGACAUCUUCGACUCUUGCUGGCUCAAAUUCAUGAUCCAAGACCUUCUUUUCUCGUACACAGCCCAGUUCAUUGCCGAGGCUUUUACACAUUGGGAAUAUGGCAAACCACUUGGUGGAAGAGCAUCCAGUCUUCUAUCCCAGGUGCUUGUUACUCUUCAGCAGGUUAUUGAGGACAACGAGACUGCCACCUCAGAUACUACAAUUGGCGCAGUUCUGUUCUUGACACUCGCCGCCGAUAUGACAGGAGAUACCAGUGGUGCCAUGAACCACUUGCAAGGUCUCCAAAAGAUUGUUUCCAUCCGAGGAGGUGUGAAAAAGCUCAAUAGUACCCAGCUCCAAGGGAAAUGUUACCGAGCUGAUCUUCAACUUGCCAUGAUCUUGGGUUCGAGACCAUGCUUCUACGCAGACGAUUUGACGUGGGAGCCAUUUUUCAAGUCGAUUAAAACAAAGUCAAUCCACUGUGCUAAGCUCGAAGCUUAUCUGAGCCCAUCUGUCGGCUUCCCCGAUCCGCGCCUUUCCAACAUCUGGACCGAUGUACAGGAGCUUUGCGCCAUAGUCGACUUAUCUAUCCUCACUCGGCGAAAGAUCCGGCCGGAGCUGUAUCAAGAGGUCUUAGUAUCUAUCCAGUACAGAUUGCUUCAUCUGAACUAUUCGGAAUGGUCAACAGAUGUCUGUGGGGGUCAGAAAUGGAGGGAUGUGCAUGAAGCAAUCCGAUUGGGGAUUCUAGGGUUAACCACCACUCUCUUCCUGUAUAGGGAGAAGGUUGAUACGAGCUAUCUUACAAUUGUUUCACGCCUCAAUGUAAGUCUGCUUCGAUUAGAGGAGCCAGCAGAUGACAGGGAUUGGGAGCUUAGAGUAUGGCUUCUGUUUAUGGUGUCCGUCACGCUGGGUGGCGGUGGCGAUAGGUUUGAUGCGUUGCUGGUGCGGGGAUUGGAGGCGCUCCGGAUCGAGUCCUGGGCUGGAACUAGGCAGCUUUUGAAACGCUUGCUGUGGAUUGAUCUGCUUCAUGAUGAAGUUGGAAGGAUGGUGUAUGGCCGCUGUACGGGCGGGUCUUGA